AUACAUUGAUUAGUUAGAAAAGAAAAAAAUUAACAAACCCAUACUCUGGGAGAUGUAGGUAUGGAGGACUUACAAAUAAAUUAUAUUUUGUGACUCAUGUUUCAAAGAUAAGCCUCCGAUUUUAAAGUAUGUCUAGAAAUAUUGUUUUCGAAGGAUGGCUAACUAAGUCACCGCCUACAAAACGUAUCUGGAGAACUAAAUGGCGGAGAAGGUGGUUUGCCUUGCGUCAGUCGGGGGAGCUCCCUGGUCAAUAUUUCCUCGACUAUUACGCAGACCGGAAUUGCAGGCGACUCAAGGGCACUAUCAAUCUAGAUUUGUGCGAACAGGUGGAUGCGGGAUUGCAUAUGGAAAGAACGGGCAAUGGCACUUUAGAUCCUAAGCUUCGCGGAUCCGUGUUCACCAUCCAAACCCAAUCGCGGACGUACCACCUCGAGGCUGAUUGCGAAGCAGAAAUGGAGAAGUGGGUCGACGCUAUAUGCAGAGUCUGUGGACUUCGAGCAACAGAUGACUCUUCAAAUGUUUUAGGUACUUAUCAGAAUAACUUGAGCGCAAUCUCCGCCAUUAACGAUCAAUAUGAAUGUACGGGUCCAUACAUACCAAUAUCGGAAUGUAUCACUGGAGUCCGUGCCCAGGACUCCCGGAGAGCUUUUACCUUUGAUCCAAAAAACAUAGUCACAAGCACAAGGUCGCCAUUUGAAAAGGUGUCCGAUACAAGAAGUCAUCAAAUGUACAUGAGCCAGCCCCAUAUAAGGUUAAACAAUGCGGAUUUUUCUGAAAAUGAGUCAAACCUUAGUGAUGAAGAGUGGAAAUCGUUGAAUGCUAGUCAAUCGAAUAUACGGGACUGGACUGUGGAAAAGUCGUUCACAAAAUUAGCAAUAAGUCCAAAAAGAAAUGGUGUAUCAGAAGAUGGUCCUCCAGUACCGCCUCGACCUCCAAAAACGUUUACUAUGGGUAAAGAUUUGUCACAGAAGGAAACUUUCCAAGGUCCUAAGAUAGAAGAACCAAUGGAGUCUCAAGAGAAUGUUAGUGGCUUUUCGUGGAGUCGUUGCCCUCGACGCAUGUCUCACGGUGGCGCGGCUUCGUUGUCAAAUCGAUCACACUUGUCUCCUAACACUCUACGGAGUACUGACGAUGAAGAAGAUAUGUCUCCUGGACAUUUGUCAAUGCAAUAUUGCAAUUUGUCAUCGCUCCCGCCCGCCGUGGACCGUGCGCUGAAGCCACGACAUUCCAGCCACAGUAUAGGUCAUAUAAACAAUCUAAAUGGACAGUUGGUGUUACAGAGUGGGCAAUCGGACGAUGUGAAAGCAGAUGUGUUACAAUAUUUGGAUCUAGAUCUUCAUAUGUCUAAGCCCAUAAAUACUAAGUCAAAAGAGGUGCCUAUUAAAAAAAUGGAUAUACCCCAAUUCAAGCUAUCUUCCGCCAUCGAUGCGGAUUCCGCGUACAAAACUGUAGAUUUCCUCAAGACAGAAGCAUUCAAUAUAACUCGGAAAGAUGCCGAAGCAUCCAGAAGCAGUCAUAAUUAAGUGGAAUAUGUAACUGAUAUGGAACUUAGUAUUUUAAGUGGACGCAGGUUGGUCUUUUAAACUAGGAGUCUUACCUGUACCUGUAGGCAUAUGGCAAACGAAAGCAUUUCUAAAUACCUUUAUGUUACCAUACCAAUAUAAAAUUACCUUUAUUUUUUUACAACUAGGAUAUAGAAACAGUUACCGCCUGCGUUAAGUAAUGAUAGAAUAGUUUUAUUUAAAUAGACUUAUUUAUGUGUACUUUACACCACAUUUUUUUUUUUGUUUUUUUUUUUUUAAGUAGACUUAUUUAUGUACACUUGACAUCACAAUUUUUUUUUAAUUUUACUAUUGGGAUUAGAAUAUUAUUUUUAACUUGGAAACCCAGGAUGAAUCUUGAUAGGUUACAAAUUUACGGAGCGAUCUAUCUCUGUUUGCUUCAGUUAAUAUACUGUGUUGGACAAUUAUGUAUGCGAUAAACGGAGAUGUAUGAAAAGGAACACAAAACCGUGGGUUCAUGAGAUUUGAGCUCCAUUUUUCCUUUUUAAAGUGAUUGAGAUAUUUUUAUUUAGUACAAUUUUACUAUUAGCAUAAUAUUUAAAAGUAAAAGUGAGCGCAACCUUAGAAAUUUUUAUUUUAGUAUUUGCAUAAUUUGUUCACGAGUAUGACGAAUGGGCCAGACAUUAUUGCUUACAAACUUAUUUGAAGGUCUGACUAUCUGGUUUACCACACCACAAUUUGUCUGGUCAAUAUAUAAGCAUGUUUUGUUUAUUCAAUACAACGCUAUUGAAAAAUGACGAAUAUGUCAUUUCACAAUGUCAUUUGAGAGUUAUAGCAAUAUAUUGAUAUACAAAUAGUGAGAUAUCAGAUCAGACGAGUUAUUUUGUUCUCUCAUAUGUGCAGUGGUGUAAAUGUAUUUAGAGAUUGUUUUGUUUGCUGCGUGUCUUAGCUUUUAUAAUAAUUGGAUUUCUUAUACGUGAGUGAUAAAUGGCAUAAAUAACAUGCAAUAAUAAAUAUAGUGAUUAUUUAGGUACUUAAAUAUGACAAAAGUCAUUACAAAUAUGUAUAAAUGUUAUGGUUUUUAGAGAAAUACUUGCAUGGAGUAUCUUUGUAUAGAAGAUGAUCCAAGUCGAAUAUUACAGUAUAGAAUCAAGCAUCGCAUGAAAUAAAUAUGAAUUAGCAUAUUGUUUAAAUUAAGUAAAACUAUCAUCACAAGUUUUUUAUCUGCUUUAUACAAAUACGAAAGUAAUAUUAAUGUGAUACAUUUUAGAGUAUUUGAUAAAGAUUGUCAACAGAAGAAAUUAGUUUUAAGUAGUAGUCUAUUGACAUAAAUGACAACUGUCUACUCUAUACGGGAUGUAGCGUGACUAUAUAGAUAGAUAAACAUAGGGUGGUGUAUGUAAUUGUAUGAUCCAAGUAUGGUACGGUCAUCACCAAUGUGGAUUAAUAUUUGAAAUAUAUGUAUAUGAACUGACCGUGUUGUAUUAUGUUUGAUCAUAUAAAAUUUGAACAUAGACAUUUAAUUAUUUUUGAGUCUUAGUUCUGUGAUCCUUGGUACAUAAUAUCUUUUAUUGUAUUAGAAAAUUUUAACCUUUCUUUUAGAAGUAGACAUUGUGACGUAACUUAUAGUAUUGGUUAGUAUGUGAUUUAUAUAUGUAUUAUAUAGUUUUUAAAUGUUUGUAUUGUGUUUGUCCUUAAUUGGUAAAUAGAUUGUCUUUAUGACAUAUCCUAAUAUCUCGCGGUAACACGAGCUUUGACGUAAUUAGUCGGCUUGUAGUUUUAUAAUAAGUGAACAACGUCAUAAUAAAUAGAAAUCCAAUAUAUUUAUGCUUUAGAAAUGAAUGAGAUUGCUUAUAAAUUAUAUAUUAACAAAUUAUUCGCAUUUACAAGCGGUGCUUGGUUAAAGUGAAUCAUGUCUGUCGUGGCCUUUAAAGCUUUAAUUGAAAGGUUAUUCUUCUAUGAUAUCGCUUGAAUAUUUUAUUGUACAUAGUUUAAUGAUAAAAUUUGUAAAUGUAUACAUAUAAAUGAAUUCUUCGUCAUAUAUAUUUGAAAGUAAAUCAAAUGAGUAUUAGUAUCAAUAAAGUAUUAAAGUGACAUUUUAUUCAGCCGUCUGUUAAUGAACUAUCAUCACAAUAUUUUAAUGUUUAGUCUAAUUAUUCAAUAUUUGUAAAGUUUAAUUUUAAUAUUUUAAGAUAAAUGUGUUAGCUGGAUCUUUGUAAAGUAUUUGCUGCAAUGUUAAAUAGUAGGGGCAAAUAUAUUAGAAUGUUUUGACUCGUUUUGAAAUUAUUAUUCUAAGAGUUAAUUUACAUGUAGAAAUAUUAACAACUACGUUUGCUCACAAAAAUCCGUAUUAUUGGGAAUGCAAUUUUGUGUAUUAUUUUGUAUGUUUUUGUGAGGAUAAAUUAUUUACGCGCACAAAUUACAAUAAGAAAAGUGUGUUACAAACUUGUUUCAAUAUUUUGAAAGUUAAUAAAGGGCGACACAGUAUUUUUAAUGUAGUGUAGUACUUAAUGUACAUACCGCACAUGUUCUAAUGUCUGCAUUUUCGGUUUGUUACCUGAUAGAAUUUUGUUAAUAAAUAAUAAUUGUCAAAUUAUGGCAUGAUUAAAAAAGAAAUACUUCGUGCAUUUUUUUAAAUGUCGUGGUGGUAAUUAUUUAUAUUAAAGGUAUAUAUCUGAAUGCAUUAUGAAAAGUGGCCUAUUGUUUAGAUUCUAAAUAAUUAACUUUCGAUUGUUAAUCCGGCAGCUCUCACUAGUAGAUAAAAAUGCCACAAAGAAUACCUUAUAACGAAUGUAAUUGAUAGUUUGCAGUGGCCACAAUGCUUAAUGAUAAUGAAAUUAUAUUUUUAUAAUUCACAUUAUUUACAUAAUAAAAAACAAAAUAUUUAUAGGGUUUUGUAAUAUGAGAUUAAACCUGUGGCUUUUGAGUCAAAUGUUAAAUUGUAUUAUAUCAAUGCUCUCUCAAUAAUAUAUUGGUCAUUUUAUUGCACAUUCGUUUACGCUGUAAUAUAUACAUUCAUAUACAUACAGUUUUUAAGGUACUUUAGAAUAUUAUGAUAACGGUAUGUCUUCAAAUCAGCAAAUACAAAUAGAUUUUUAGCAUAAUGAUUUUUAUUUUUGUUUUCUUUUUGACAUCAAUACGCAUUUAAUUAUUUAAAACUACAAAAUUGUAUUUACUAUUGUUUUUAUAAGUAAUAUUGAAGAAAGUAAGACAUUGUAAUAUUUUCUACCUCUGUAACCUAAUUUAAAUAUUACAGCAAAAUUAUUAAACUGUGGACCCGAGUUAAACUAAUUCUUAGUGCAAUUGCAUUGGUACUGUUUUACAUUUAAUUUUUGAGAAUCUCUACCAUAAUAGUUUUGCUGAACUAUCAAAUUAAACUGUCAUUUUAAAGAUGACUUUAGACUCCAAUUCAUUAGGUAUAUUAAAAAAAAAAAAAUUAAAAAAAAUGUGUCCGCUAUUGAGAAUACUUAGCGAGUCGGGAAACUGACAAUCCCACCACGUAUAAAAUGUGCAAUUGGAAUAUACAAUUAUUAAUUAGAAUAAAAGACAUUUUUACGCUAUUUCUAGUAUUUUAUCAAGAGAGCACCUGUAUGCAGAUUUGGCGAUUUAAAUCUCGAUAAUAGUUACAACAAAUAUUUGUAUAAGUAAACUUUUGAUUAAAAAAGAUUACAAACACAGCAGUAAUAACAUAAUACCUAAAAUUCUCUUUUACAUGAUUUGCCAAUUCUGUUGUAUAGGCGCCCUUUUGAACAGCUUACAUUUAAAUUACUUGUUACAAUGCAACCUAUACUGUAUAUCAUUUUGUACAUAUACUGUAUGUAUUUUUAUGCAUUUUAAUACUUUGUACAUGCAAUUUUUCAAUACAUUUAAAUAAACUAUUUAUAAUAUAA